ACAGAAAAAAUGAUUGCAAAUCAACAGAAUUUUGAAUCAACACAGAAUUCAACAUCAACAAAUCAACCAUCAUAUGUAAAUAUUAGUCGUGUAAAUCAUGGUUAUGUACCAUAUAAUCGUUAUACAUCGGAAUAUCGUCGUGAUGAUUCCCUACUACGUAGUCCAAUUGAUGAUCGUUUUACAAGUCUUCCCACAGAAUCAUCGAAUAAAGGAUUUCUUCAACAAAAAGUUGAAAGUCUUUAUGGUGAAACAUUUGCCGAAGAUUGGAAUAAAAAUCGUGUAAAAAAAGGUCAAUCAAUUGAAAAAAGUAUUCAACCGAAUCCUAUUGAUCAAUCACCAGCUAAUCAAAUUAAAACAACAUUGGCAAGUAGUAAAUUAUUUCAGAAAAUAAAUUGCGUCGAUCAUACAGAUUCAUCCGAAGAUACAACAAAUAAAUCAUUCGAUAAAGAUUGGUGGCUAAGAGAACAUCAACCGCAAUCAAAUCGUAAUCCGAUUGAUGAUGGCCAAAAUGAUGGUCGAAUAUUUAUGGAAAAAAUCCAGGAACAAAAAUCAAGAAUACAGAAUAAAAUACAACAAGGUGAGAAAUGGCUAUCGAAUCCCAAAGACAUUCCCGAAGAAUGUAUAGGAAAGAUUCGUGCGGCCAUUGGAAAGGCAAAUCUUUUGUUGAAUAAAAAAUUUCAACAAUUUCAAAAACUUUGUGAAGAUAGUAUUAAUCAAACCGAUGGCCAACCAUUCAGAAUUAAAAAUGAUGAUCUACAAGGAUUUUGGGAUAUGGUCAUGAUACAAGUUGUAGAUAUAAAUCAAACAUUUGAUCAAUUGAUUCAAUUGAAACAAAAUCAAUGGAAUUUAUCAACAACAGAAGAAUAUUCUUCGGAUCAAUUAGAUUCCAAUCAUAAAACUAUGAGUCCUAAAUCGAGAAUUUACCCGCGACAACCAUCAAGCAACAUACAUGAAAUAACCACAUCAUCACCAAGAAAAUACGAUACAAACAAUAAUAAAACAUCAACAACUACCGAAAAUAUAAAUAGUCCACGCGAUGAUGAACGACAACGUCGUUUAAGGGAAAUUAAACGACGUGCUAAAAUGAUUAUGAAACAAGACGAUGAAUCAGAUGAUAUUCAAAUAUUUGCUCCAUCCAAAUAAUAUUAAUUGAUCACACAUACACAAUGACACACAAACACCUUUACCACACAUAAAUGAUGGUAUAGAAUCGUUUAUUCUUUCAAAAUUAAUAUUUUUUGUAGAUUUCAAUUUCACAUACCUGAUUUAAUCUGCUACGGUGCUAAACAAAUUAUUUUCGCGCCUUAUAUUACAUAGAUCUUUUUUCUAACCAAAUUAAUA